UAUCCUUAUCGUAAUUUUUUAAAAUGGUUAGCAGAAUUUUAGUAGGUUGCUUAAUUUGCGUUUUUCUAGGAUAUUCUGUUUGUUAAAUUGUGUUGAGCUCUAGGAAAGUGUGUCUGAUCCGCAGGAAGGCUUCGUGUCUGUCUCUUACAACAGGGAGUGGAAAGAAUGGCAAAGAGCACGUUCAAGGAAGAGCAUGACCUAGAGAAGAGAAGUGCAGAGGCUGCUCGGAUUAGAGAGAAAUAUCCAGAUAGGAUUCCGGUGAUUGUUGAGAAGGGUGAGAAGAGUGAUAUACCAACCAUCGACAAGAAAAAAUACCUAGUCCCAGCUGAUUUGACAGUGGGGCAGUUCGUGUAUGUCAUUCGCAAAAGAAUCAAACUGAGUGCAGAGAAGGCUAUCUUUAUCUUUGUGGACAAUGUUCUUCCUCCAACAGGUGCACUAAUGUCGGCUGUGUACGAAGAGAAAAAGGAUGAUGAUGGCUUCCUCUAUGUCACUUACAGCGGAGAGAACACAUUUGGAUCUCCAUAGAAGAUCUCUUGCUGGAUAUUUCGUUUCUCUUUUACUUAUUAUAUCGCCGAGUAUUUCAUAUCUUCUUAUUAGUUAUAUGCACUACUUUUCCAAGAACUUAAUGUGUACAGAGAACAUAAAAAUAAUGUAUAUAAAAUCUCGAAACCUACUUUCUCACGA